AUGGACCCAGACUGUGACAGCCAACAAAGAAGGGGAUCCACGGGCACUCUUCUAUCGCCAGAGGUCGACGUAGGAAUAGAGACCGACGGAUUUUAUCUUUUAAAAAAAGACUCCCAGCGAAGGACAACGCUCGCAAAAGUCCUGGCGCAAGACGGCGCAAAGAUUUGCGAGCUUUGGAUACAGAAAAUUAGAACAAAGUAUUUAGGCGAAACAGUAUUAACGUUGCAGCAUUUAGCUAAGCUUAUGGGUGGCUUAAAAGAAUAUUUAACUGAACAGUCGUUAACAGUUAUUGAAACAACUGUGAGACACUUGAAGGAAGAGCUAGACUUUGACGCUACCGCAAUAAACCAACUGCAAUUUGCCAUAUAUCUAUAUCAAGAAUCUGUAAACGAGGUACUUCGACGUCACCCUAUUAAACCGCAUUGGAUGUUUGCUUUAGACAAUCUGGUGAGAUCUGGUGUUCAGGCAGCUAUUACAGUUUUAUCUCCGGAACUAGGCGAAAAUUUAGCAAAUCAUAGUUCUCCGAGUACGGUCAACUCUGCGAAAUCGAGCAAGAGUUCAGCUGGUUAUGACUACCGCGAUCAAGUGGUUCAAUUGCGUGCAGAAAAUACUCGUUUACUACAAGAAUUAAUAGACAGUCACAAACAGUAUCAGACGUUGGUAAAGCUAUCAAUUGACAAUAGCCAGCAACAGGCCCAAGCUCUCAGACAGAUUCUGUCAUGCCGUUGUCAACAAAGAGAUGACGUACAAAUCGACCAACGUUUACACCAAUGGUUGCAGGGACUCGAAUUAGACGACGUAGGACAAAAGUUAAUCAAUGAGGGUUUUACUUUAGAAGAAGUAUUGUACAUUAUUAGUAGAGAAGAUUUACAUAAGGUUGGCCUACGAGGAGGUCCUGAGCUUCGCAUUUGGCGAGCGAUCGUUCAUCAUCGGCAAACAUCACCGUCUUUAUGCAAUGGAGACAUUUCAGAAAUAUCUGGUACAGUUUAG